GGAUGAUUAGAGGGAUAAUUGUAUGGAAUUUUUCUCGUGAAACUGGUGGUCGGAUUGAUGAUCGUUGGAGGUGACGAUAACGCCUGACAUAAACAUGAAUACCGGAGGUUUGUCUCAGUGAAAUGUAACUGUAAAAAAAUAGAGACAGUGUGGCUGGAGGCGCACCAGUUGGCCAUUUUAUGGUGGAUGAGAACCACUGAUUUCUCUCCCCACCUAUCAGAGGCACACAAACGACGCAAACCAACACAUUUCACGUCAGUAUUUCCCAGCGCCAGUGUUUCACUCGUUUCACUCCACCGAAGCGAGUGGUGAGAGAGAAGGAGAGCCAUCAGUGCUCCGUAGGUGUUUUAGUUUGGUUCGGAAUCCACGGGUUUUCCUCGCCCAACACUGGGCAUUUUGUAACGAGGAAAAUACACCGAUUAAAUCACAGUAAGACCCACCCGUGGCCCAUACUAUUAAGUAAGUUUGAGUUCAGAUGUUUCAUUCAAGUCGUGUGUUUAUAAAAGUGUUGGAGUGAAAAAUAUAUAUUGUUAAAAUGAGGAGAGGCUGUACGGGUUUGGCAAUGCCGGGUGAUCAAUGAACUCUAGGGGCCCCUGUCUUCGUGUUUUGGGGCGUGCUUGCCCAGUGUUGGCACUCGACACUACGCCCGCAUCCCUUCAAAAUGCCUUUACCAUUAUUUUUUACUUUUUGUAUCGUCCUCUUUCGUUGCUCAUUGAAUUGAGAGAUUAUCAAUUUGAUUGACCAUCGUUGAGGAAUUCAGUGAGACCUUCGGGUGAUUAUAUUAUCUCCAGUCUUCCUGAUGCAUUCAACAUCUCAAGUGUGUCGUAAUGAGGAGCAGGCAUUGAUGAUGACAACCUAACGUCGAGAGGGGAAGAUCGAUGAACUCUGGUUGAGAAUAAGGGGAUAGAAAGGAUAAAGGACGUGGAGCGGGGUGGUAUCAGUCAAAUUAAUUGGAUGGGACUAUGAAUGAUAUCGACAAUUUAGGGAUGAUCAGCUCCAAGAUGCCGCACAGUCACUCCACACCCGCUGGUGUAGAUGGUGGCAGUCGUACGCCACCCACUACACCGAGAAAAGCUGGAAAAAUGCUUGCUGUUAGAGUGCAAAUGCUGGAUGACACCAUCACUAUGUUUCAAGUGCAGGCGAAAGCUAUGGGUCGCGUGUUGUUCGACCAAGUCUGCAAACAAUUACACCUGUUAGAAGCGGACUACUUCGGUUUGGAAUAUCAGGAACCGAACGGAACGAAGUACUGGCUAGACCUGGAGAAACCAGUAUGCAGACAAGUUGGUCUUUCCCUGGUAGAUCCACUGUUAAGAUUUUGCGUAAAAUUUUACACACCCGAUCCCGGCCAACUCGAGGAGGAGUUCACCAGAUACUUGUUUUGCCUUCAAAUCAAGCGAGACCUGUCCCAGGGAUAUCUACAGUGCAACGACAAUACCGCUGCGCUCAUGGCUAGUUACAUUGUACAGGCUGAAUGCGGAGAUUACGUCAUCGAAGAUUACCCUGACCAUACGUAUCUGUCUACGUAUAAGUUCGUACCGCAUCAGGAUCAGGAACUCGAACGACGGAUCAUGGAAAAUCAUAAAAAACAUGCAGGUCAGUCUCCCGCAGAGGCAGAUUUAAAUCUCUUGGAGACAGCGCGACGGUGUGAACUGUAUGGAAUGAAAAUGCAUCCGGCUAAGGAUCACGAGGGAGUCCCACUGAAUUUAGCAGUGGCACACAUGGGCAUUAUAGUCUUUCAACAUUAUACAAAGAUAAACACAUUUAGCUGGGCUAAAAUACGUAAAAUAAGUUUCAAACGGAAACGAUUCUUAAUCAAACUACACCCCGAGGGAUACGGAUAUUAUAAAGAUACGGUGGAAUUUUUCUUCGAAGGGAGGAAUGAGUGCAAAAAUUUUUGGAAAAAGUGCGUGGAAAAUCACGGAUUUUUCAGGUGUUCGGUUGUUAAACGAGUCAUUAGGCAGAAAACCAGAGUUCUUAGUCGAGGCUCAUCCUUCAGGUACAGUGGAAAAACGCAAAAGCAGAUAGUCGAGUUCGUCCGUGAUAACUACGUGAAACGUCAAACAUUUCAAAGGUCCAAUUCGUUCCGGCAGACUAGCGGUGGUAGGGCAUUGCAGGGCUCGGAGGGGGCAGGUUAUCGUGGCGCCACCCCAAGCAGCUCGCUUAUGGGCAGCUCCAGCAUCUCUGCCCACCCCCUCCUGCCUCUUGGCGACCCUGCUCUGGGAACCCCGGCACUGUCUCUGUCAUGCGGUUCGAUGACACUGGAUUCUCCGACGACUGUGACGAGUGUCUCGAUGGGCGGGACGAGUCACCGUCGCGACGACACAGCUAUGUCUUAUCGGACGCUCACCUCUAUAGACGUCCAUUCACCAGCUACCCCCAAUCAGGGACAAUCACAUCGCCAUACUAUGGGUGCACAUCAGCAGCAACAACGGAUAACAUCGUCAACAGGUCGUAUCAGCCCCUCUAACAGCAGUCCCCCUGAAUUUCCACCACCGCGACCCCAGCCCCUAUAUCCUUGGCAACGCUCCUCGAGUUGUCGUGAGUUAUAUGCAUCGAGUUUUGAAGACUCUGGACGCGCGCGUAAAACUGACGAAAAGCCCGAGGGUGGCCUUGAUACAAUACAAUUACCCUCGCAGGGUGAACUUGACAAUCCGGUAACACGUUAUGACGAGACUAAUCGUUCAUACAGCGCGGCAAGUUCAAAAUUACCAUCAUUAGAUCAUGAUUCAGUACCAGAGCGUGUUUACAGUAGUUCAUAUCCAGGUACAUCCUCAUUAUCCACGGAAUCGGGCCACGAGGAGUCAGGCCCUGGUGCCGAUUUAUCCCAUGACGAUUUAUCCCACGAUUCUUACGAAUUACUCGAGCGCGAGCAUGAAUUUGAAUAUCCCGAGUCUUAUUCCAGUCCACGCGAUGAAGCUGUCUCUGAUAAUAGUGACGAGGGAAUUGAACAAGAGAUGUUUCAAAUGGACUCGGAGACAGACUCAUUUGUGAAGCACAGAUCAAUUAAAUCCACUGACAAACAAUUAUUCAAAUCUGUACUCGCUGAUAUUAAAAAUGCCAAGCUAAAGUCCGUCGAGCGGUCCUCAGCAGCGUCUAAAACCGAGGCUAGUAAUUUAGUUGUUACCGAGACCAGAAUACAGCGCACAAGUACUCAAAUAGAACGUAAGUACGAGCCACGGCAAAUUAAUUCCAUUGAUCAGUCCUCUAAGCCCCCGUUACCCCAUCAGGAUUCCGCGCGAAAAGAUCCUGUUGUCUUGCAAGUCCAAAAACAGAAGCUAACCGUUAUGAAUGAACUGAAGAAUUUAAAGCCGAAAUAUAAGAUAACCCAUGUCGACUCAGAGGUGUUGAGGGACGAGGGUAUAAUGCGUCCUAAGUCACGAAUUGAUGAUGACUUGAGUCCAGUCGAAACCAAUCGCACAAUUCUAGAUCAGGCCCGAGAGAGAACGACGCGUGCACGUAGUAUAGUCAGUCUUGAAGAUCAUACCACUCACAGGUCUUACGUUGAAACUGGUAGUCUCGGUCGUAAUCAUCGCGAUAAGAAAAUCGAUAAAAUAGCGAUGAAAGAGCGCAAGAGUUUCGAGCGUGAAGAGCGUAAGCGAAUUGAGCGUGAAAAUUCACGGGAAAUUCGUCGAUUAGAGAAGAGUGAUUCGAGAGAAAGACGAUCAGUGGCUCGAAUGGAUUCACGAGAACGGCGGAGUAUGGAGCGUUUAGACUUGCGUGAGGGACAGAUUCAGGUUGAGAAGAAUGGUAGUAGAGAGUUGAGGAGGAGCAGUGAACGGUUGGAUUCGCGCGAGAGAAGCUAUGAGAGGCUUGACAGAGGGAAAAAUGGACGAAGAGAUUACCGAGAGCCGAGAGUAACGAGCAUUGAGCGUUUAGACUCUCGAGAGAUGCGUAAAAGCUUGGAGACUCUCGAGAGAAGUCCAAAGGAGAAAGGCCCAUUUCGUCAUUCUGACUCGCGAGAGCGACGAGAGCGAAGCAUUGAGAGACUGGAUUCUCGAGAGUCCAGGAAAAGUCCCAAGGCUUAUGAAUAUGAUAGGCAUACUUUGGAGCGAUUUGACUCUGGCAACAGGAGUCCAUUCGAUCGUCAUAGCCCGAGGGAACCGCGUGGCAAGAGCUACGAACGUCUGGAUUCUCGAGAUAGACCGACUUUUGACUUUGACCCUCGAACAAUUGAGAGAUUAGGAUUAUUAGAUCGAGCUGUAAUGGAGAGAUAUGACUCUACUGAAAAAUCUUAUGAUAGAAGAACUGAGAGACGGGGAAAUGAUAGAAAGAGUUACGUUAAGCAAGACUCUAGAGAUAGAAAGAGCCUCGACCGUAUGGAUUCACGAGAGCGAAGAAGUUCCGAUGGGUCACACAGAUCGAUGGUGGAAAUGAAGGGCUCUGAGAAAUUCGAACAGCCUCAAAAAAGUGGAAAGAGGAAGAGCGAGGAUGACUCGCCGAGGGAAAGAGACGACUGGAGAAGCUUGGAACGCGCUAGAAAAGAGGAAGAGAGACGAGACCGUGAGAGACAGGUUAAAGUCUUUAUGGAGUCUAGAACUGAAACUAUUAUCGGUGUACCUAAUGAGUGGGAGAGUGUAAAGCCGAAGGCAAGUUUUGCAGAAUACGAUCCUAAAGUAGUUGGUGGAGUAAUUUUAGGGUUCGAUGAUGGUGCAUUAGCCGGACACAUUCCAGUUGAGCGUACAAAGAGUGAUCCAAAUCCUGGAAGACAACGGAUUGGAUCCAACAGUAAACGGCAUAUUCUCAUGCAUCAGAAGUCAAUUGAUCUCACUCCAGCUGAUUCUGGUGACGAGGACGCCUUUGUCGAUGGUGCGUUAAAGAAACCCAAUGCAGAUAUUCCGUAUACUUUGCACAAACGGCACGUGAUGAAUGGAACUGCGUCAGAUGAAAAGUCGGAGUCCGACAGUGGGAAGAAUUCAAAGGCGGCCAAAGGCGCUGAACUGCCGAAAUUACCUAUCAAACAAGUCACUGAUGUUUCUCUUCUAGAUUUAACUAAAUUACCCCCAACACCCACCUCAAUUACCGUUAAUACACUCUCAACGGACAGACCGAAGAGUAUUCUAGUUAGUCCCGAUAAAUCCAAAUCUCCCAAAAUGCUGAGUCCUAAACUCUCCCCCACGGAACCCAAGAUUAUCCAUAUACCCUCUGAAAAGAGUCCUCCUCCAGGUAUUCUCAAGUCUCCGUCAAGAACACCAACAAAACAUCCCUCAUUAGACAAAAUCAAAGGAGAAUCGCGAUCCAGUAUUGAUAAAAAGUACAGUAAACUCUCUCCUACUGACCCAAAUGUUACUAUUAUCUCAGUAAUAGAGAAGAGAUCGCCGAAGAAAUCUCCCAGCGAUUCGAAUGUAACAAUUGUUUCUGUAAUUGAGAAAAGAAGAUCUACUGAUGUGAGUCCGAGCCACUCUGGCUCUGAGCGAUCCCCAUCGAGGAUAUCUCUUAAUUUUGCGGACGUUGUUGUUGAGGAAAUGAAACAGGAGCAGCAGAGACGUCAAUUGAGUACUGAGAAACAGCAGUUAAAGGUUCCAGAUGAUUCACUGGAGAAGCAAGACAGCAUUGAGAAAAUUCCUCUCCCUGAAAUACCGAUGAAAGCUGAGAGUAAGUCCGAGAGUAAACGUGAGCCCUUCCCUAAAUCCGGUACUUCCCCUCAGAAAAAGAUCGAUAAAUCAAAAAUUUUGGAGAAACCCAGCAUUCCAGAGAAAACAAAACGUAUAUUAGAUCGUAUAGAAUCCCGAUUUUCCGAAAUCAACAGAAAUUCAUCAACUAAAGUUCCAAGGCCAAAGAUAAUUGACACAGGGCACGAUGAUUUCGUUGAUCCAGUGGCCGAUUUACCACUGGACGAAGUUCCUGUUAAACCGGCAUUUGAACUUGAUAGUUUAAAGGUACCUGACUUCAAUCCUUUCAUGCUAAGACCUCACGCUGAGCCAUUAAGAUCGAAGUCUUUGUCACUCGCCGAAGAGAAAGCGCCAAUUGAUACUCUCUUAUCUCCUGAAUUGGAGAAUAAACUGUUUAUACAAGAUGUGUCACCGAAGAAAAUAAAGAAAGCAAAGUCCGAACCGAAAAAGGACUUCAAAAAACAAUCCAAAUCUUUGGAGGGUGAUAAGCCACCGCUGAAGAAGAGCUUAUCUAAAGAAGCUAAAUUAUCACCAGCGAGUUCAAAGAUCGACAAGUCAAAAUUGAAAUUGGGAGAGAUGCCUCAAGAAAUAAUAAUCAUCGAUUCGACUGAUGUUGAGCCUGAAAUAAGUAUUGUUCAGAAAGGCAGAUCAAAAUCUAUAACACGAUUAUCUGAUCGUUCAUUUUCUACAUCGAAGGAUGAAGAGCCGAAGAGACCUCGCGCUAAAUCAGCAUCAGUCGAUGAGGAGAUAAUCAAAAGUCUUGGAGGUCUUAAGCCAGAUAAACAGAGACCAAAAUCCUUAGGAAUAUCCAAGAGUCUCGGAAGUACGGAGAGAGAAACGACCGAAAAAGUAUCACCGAAGAAAAUCAUCAAAGGAAAAUCGAUAGAUGGGAAAAUUUCUCCGAGGAGAUCUCCAUCUAGAUCUCCAGAAUCAAAAGUAGAAUCAAAGGAAAAAACAGAAUCAAAGUCAGAAGACAAAUUUGACAAACUACAAAAAACAAUUUUGUCUCCCACACAUUCGAGACAGCCAGGGGACUCCCCGAUGCUCUUUGCUCGUUUAGGUCUGUCCGAGGGUAGUGGAAUUGGUGUACUGCAACGACAAGGAGCAACACAAUCCCCAACCUCUCAAAGACGAGCCAAAUCCCUAGACGCUCCAGUAGUAGCACUCCACAAACUUCCGCCUGUCAACGCUUUCUCCAGUAAAGACGAUACAGUUGAAGAAAUUGAAGACGUCAUUCUUCCCGAGGUUAUUUCCAAAAAAGGAGAGACGAAACCGCCACCAGUUGAGGUAUCUCCGAAUCAUCGAUCGGAAAGUACAGAUGCGUUACCUACCGAUUCUUUAUCGAUGACUGAGCCUUCCACCCAAUACCUGGAAUCUCCCUCGGAUGAAAUCCAGGGAAUAACAGCAUGUCCAGACUUGAUACCUUACGAACAAGAAGGUAAACAAACAUUGAGACGAUCGCCUAAAGAAAUCUUCGAAGCUCCCAAAUCCGAGCGCGCAAGUAGAUUUAUCGAUCAGAGCUCUGUAGAAUCAUCAACUGAACCUGAUCUAAUUCCAGAGCUUCCUGGAUCCAAAAGUCCUUCGAUUCCCGAAAUAAAAAAAUCAGAAUCGAAAAAAGGUGAGAGCUCCAGUGGAACUGAUAGCUCCGAAUGCGACAAGAGAGAUCCAUCACGAAAAAUGAAAACAAUAGGCUCAUCAUUAUCCAUAACAACGGAUGAAGCGACUCCCGGGGGUUCUAUCGAGCGGGAUGAUGUUCCCAACGUUACGGUAAGCAUUGUCGAAGGAAAAACGGAAAUUCCGGUAGACUACUACAAUGGAGAAGAUCCUCCCGACAUGGUGAAAUCACCAAUUCAGAUUUCUAUAGAAGAAUGCUCCGACGCUGAUGGACCACUUAGCGAUGACCAAAAUGAAAUUCUGGAACAGGCAAUUUUCCAAGCAAAGCAAACUGAGAAGCCCCGAUUGGAUUCCGGAGACACGAGCGAAGACACUUUAGAUGCUCUCGAUGCACAAAUGCAAAUGCAGGGUCCAGACAGCGAUGUCUCCUCCCCGGAUUAUGCAGAUAAGAUGGAUGAAAAGACCCUUGUUGAGGUGGAACUGACUCCCGAAUACUUGGAAAUGCGUAAAGAGGAUAUGGAGGGGGCGGAGGAACUUCCUGAGGACGAGCCAACGAGAGACAAAUAUUACGAUGACCCCAAUAGGCUCUCACUCGAAAAGAAAUCUCGAUUGAGUACAGAGCGUUCACGCAGUGAAGAGACGAGUACUUAUACGCCUGAUCGAGAAGAUCCGGACUCGAGUUCGUGUUCGAUAGCACGACCCCUUGGAAUAGGACAGAUCCAACCAAUUUUCGAUCGCAGAGAGAUCGCAGCGAUGAGAGAGGGAAGGAAAGAAGGUUCUGUGGAGGAAGAGAGCAGCAGUUGCUCUCAUCCACCGGUUAAAAUGGAAUUGAGUUCGACAUGGAAACCCUUCCCUUUAGAAAGCUCGGGGAGUUCUAGCCUCGAAGACGCCGGAUGGAUACCUCCGGAUGAUAAUACCCACCAUCAAUCACAUUCUGAAGACAGCAAUGGUCCAAACGACGACAGUUAUCGAGAAGAUCUUGCCGACUAUGCUGGAGCCCUUCCUUAUCCGAUUAAUGCAGAGGUAAUGGCGAAUUAUGGAGCAUUUGCACUUUCGAGAACUCUCUCAAGAAUCUCUGAAAGGUCUACGACAUCAGAGCAGGAUAAAAGUGAUCUCGAAGACUCUUUCAAACCAUCUUCGAGAUCUCCAAGCUUAGAUGACGAGUCUCUGAUCUCCAGCGACCAUCAGCCAUCUCUAUCCUCAGAUCCUCCCUCAGGCACUGCUCUACCGUCAGUCUCUGAUGAUCGAAGAACAUCCUCCGAACUUCCAGAUAUUCCUAUUGAUGUACCAGGUCAGGAGGAUAAAUCUCCAAAAACUAGAAGAUCGAGAUUGCAUCCUCAAACUUCAGAGGACUGGCCAUCACCUCCUAGUUCUCCACUAUUUGACCCUGUAGUCUGCAGUCACGUUGAGACGUUCUAUCUGGAGAUUAAACCGGAAGAGGCUGUGAAAGUCACUGUAACCGACAGUAGCGAAACACCCAGAGCAGCAGACAGUGAUUCUAGUGAUGAGAAUCGAACACUGCACGAUGAUCUUCAUUCUACACUUCUGGAGGAUGGGCAAAGCUCAACCUCAGCAACAACUGUCGAUGGUACAGUGAAAAUUGCUGUAAAACCGAAGAGUAACUCGUACAUAACUGGUUCCUCACACAGUGAAGACACGUCAAUGGGUCUUUCCAUGUCAGAAUGGUCGAGUUCGAACAAUACAGUUCGUCAAUUCUGUCAAUACUCUGGAACAAAGUCCGAUGAUAAUUCUCUAGCUGAGCUUGGAGCUUCCAUUUCAGACUGGUCAGGCAGUACCACUGUUAUCCCCCAGCAGUAUUACACAGCCAUGGCAACGGAGAAGAGUCAGAGUGACACAACGACUUCUGACAAGAGUAUCACCAGCAUGAGGCCAAACUCAAAGUGCCAGCACGUAAGUCCUUCCUCCUCGAGGCAGGAUCUUCGCGAUGCUGAAGGUGCAUGUGGAUAUAGCGACGAUCUACCCAUGGAGUAUCCUCCAGAAAUAACCGAUGACCCUGAUGAAUUCGACGAGGCUAGGAAAUUCGUGGAGAGUCAGUUCGACGAGCAUCGGAGACGUUUCGACGAUGAUCAGGUCAAUAUGUCUGGCUAUACCGAUAUCUCUCCUCCUCAAAUAAAAUUUCAAAGUGAUUAUGAUGAAGAGAUCGAUGAGGAUCUCGAGUUUGGAGCUCUACCGAGCAUUCCUGGAUCCAUCCCAGAGGAGGAUGAAGAAGAACGUUUGUACGAUAACGUUCCAGCCAUGAAGUACUCGAGUGGUGACAAUGUCAGGAUGAAAGUGAGCCCUGGUGACAGCUCUGAAGACAUGCACGAGAGAUUUGCAGACUUGGCUUCGAGAUCAAGGUCAGGGGACGAUGAGUGGAGUUUUGAAGAGCCGAGGCAAUCCCACGAGGACGACAGGCGAUUAAAAGAAGCUCAUAAAUUUGAUCGGGGCUAUUCAGAGCCUGGCGAUCAACGACACGGCACCAGAUCCACCCAACGACCUGUUGUCGUACCAAUUCGAGCGAAAUCCACUCCUUAUUACUCCACAACGAGUUUGAGUGGAGAGUCAACGACCUCCAGUCCUCCCAUGCCAAUUCGUGCGCAGAUUAGGACCAAAACAAUUCCAUACACUUGCAGAAGUCCUCAGAGUGAGGGAGACACCUCCUCCAGUAUGGAUAGUCCAGCUCACACUCCAGAUAGGGGUCAGAGAGCCUUCAGGAGAAAGAGACAGCAGAAUGCUAAGCGAAGACAUCGAGUCGCUGUUGAUCUCGAAAUCAAAGAUGGACAGAUAGUGUCUAGCACUGACUCCAGCUUUGAUGUCACAACUAUUCCUCCGCCGUUGCUCCCAGAGAUGAGCAUAGAUAUCGAUGAUGAUGCUGAUAUACCGCCUCAUCUACCCCCUCGUCGACGUAACACUGAGGAUGACACGCGUUAGACAAUUGUGAUCUUGUGAAAAUGAUGUGAGAGUCAAUAUUUGUCAAGGUGAAUUGAAACGUCAGACAACGAGAGAUUAAAGGUCAAUAGCAGAUCGGAAUUUUGUGGGUGGAAUAAAAAGGAGAGUGAGGAAUUCAUUCGGCAAUAUCUAAAGUAGGAGGGAUGCUCAAGCGUUGGGUGAAUAACAAUUGAUAAUACUUAAUAUGAUCAAAAAUGCGAAGAAAUUGGAUAGGGAUAGAUGGAUAAGUUAUUAUUGAAUUAGGGAGAAUUGGGUGUUUAAUACCGGAGUUUGCGACGAUAAUGUUUUGUUGUAAUAGUUGUUUUAAUAUUUUAAACGUUGAGAAAAACAUUGAGCGAUGCUUUACGGAAUAUUGUAGGGAUAAAUUGUAGAUUGCAGAAUAAUUGUAGGUGUAGGCUUUUUUGUAGGUAGAGACCCCGAAGAAGUAUUCAAUAGCAUUAAGUCAGUCCGAGUGGUAUUUAAAUUACAUACAGGAGUGACGGGAAUUUAAAUUAAUCAGAGGGAAUUAGAUAAG